GCGCAAGAGUUCAUGUGGCGAAUAACGCAUGGAAUCAGUCGACAGCUGACUAUGUCCCCUUUAGCAGCUGAGAUGUUAUACUGAGAUGUUUUUCCGGGGUCCGGUAUCAGAUGGAAAAAGAAAACAGGCAGUCUGUCCUGGAUAGAUGUAAAAUCCAUUAGAUAGAUGUAAAAUCCAUUGCUAUCCUGGUGGAUUAACAGACAAAAGAUCGUAAACCGUCUUAACCCAACCCGGACCAAAGCAUGACUGCUCUGUUCCAUAGUCCGAAUCCCCUCAGGGAAGUAGGUGGUGCUACCGUCGCCUCCUUCACGUCGCUCACCCCUCCUCCAGCACCGUGCAUGGCGGCCGUGGUUAUCAAAAGGCCUAACCUUGUCCAACGGCCACCAGAUAGAUGUUGCGCUGGGCCAGAGAGUGCCGUCUGCGGGAGAGAUGUUCCAGCAGUCCAGGGAGGAGGACCGAGGGUGGGGGUAAAAGGGUAGCCACAAUGUCAGCUGGAGGCUACACCGUCCUGCCCCACGCCUCGACAUGGUCGUCAAGUCCACCACUCGCCCCCACCCUCAGUGGGGGAGAUGGUCCAACGAGCUGGGAACCAGAAGACCAGGAGGCGUAGUCCAGGGGUGCAACCAGGAAUGUAACCAGGGCGCGGCUGAAUGAGCGCCGUCUCAGCUGAAAGCCUGCAGCCCCCUCCCCUCAUCUCCACAAGGCCGCCUCCACCUGUCCGCCGAGCCUCAACCGCCGACGGGGAAGAUGUUGUGGCGAAGCGAGGGCCAAAGUGCCAAGCCACGCAGUCCGGGCAUCGCGGCGUAGUUGGCACACGCCGCCCCCCCCACACCUCCACAUGGCCGUUCGUCUCCCACCGCUCACCCUGCAUUUAACAGGGAGAUGAUAACAAGAGCGGGGGACCCGGGACCAUGAGGCUCAGUCCGAGGGGUGUCGUCUGAUGGAAGCAGUUAGCGGCGCCAAAAACAAACGCCGCUAACCACCAAACAGCUGAGAAACAGCUGAGGACCGGCCGGCCGCCCACGCACCUCCGCGAGGCCGCCAUCUUUGCCCACCCCGUCUCCGGCUUCUCCGACCUCCAACACAGCGACCGCGGGUUCAAAAAGGUCCUAGGACCCCACCCGCGGUUGCUGGGAUAUAAAGUUCAUCGGACCGGGGGAAGCAAGCGGCAGAGGAGGCAGCAGGACAUCGCCAUCAGCCAGGGAUCUUGCCAACCGCCGAUCAGAGCGCUCAAACUGAAGUGUAUCCCUAGCUGGUGCUGAAUAAAUCUCAACAUGGUAUCUGAAACCUUAGGCCUGGAAAGUUCCUCAGUAUGGGUGCUGGCACUGUUGGGAACUUUUACAGUAACUGUUCUUGGACUGGUGCACAAACUAGGACUGAUUUAUCAAUUCUGGCAUCAGGUGGACCCUAAAAGUACCCGGCAUGGUGGGGAGAUAGUGGCAGAGGUGCUAAAAGCUCAUGGUGUGCGUUACUUGUUCACACUUGUGGGUGGACACAUCUCCCCCAUUUUGGUGGCUAGUGAGAAAUUGGGCAUUCGUGUUGUGGACACAAGGCAUGAGGUGACUGCUGUAUUUGCAGCAGAUGCAGUGGCCAGGCUCUCAGGAACAGUGGGAGUUGCUGCAGUGACAGCGGGACCUGGAGUAACAAAUACUGUGACAGCUAUGAAAAAUGCCCAAAUGGCAGAAUCUCCCGUGUUGCUGAUUGGAGGGGCAACAGGCACAUUGCAGAAGGGCCGAGGAGCUCUCCAAGAUAUUGACCAAUUAGCUCUAUUGAAGCCACUCUGCAAAUUCUGUGCUUCAGUGAACACUGUCAAAGAUAUUGCUCCUGUGCUGCGAAAAGCAAUUGCUGUUGCCCAAUGUAAUACUCCAGGCCCUGUGUUUGUAGAGUUUCCUUUGGAUAUUCUAUAUCCUUAUCAUUUGGUUGAGAGAGAGAUACUUAGGAAUGCUUUUCCCAAGAGCCUGAAAGGAAAGGCCUUGAACUGGUUCCUGCACAAUUAUUUGAGAAACCUGUUUGCUGGAGCUUGGGAAGUACAAGACUUUUCACCGCUACCAGUGAAUAUGCCAGAAGCCACAGAGGCACAGGUGCAGCAGUGCGUGGAGCUGAUCAGCAGGGCUAGGAAGCCAGUCAUACUGCUUGGCAGUCAAGUGACCCUUCCUCCAAUUCCAGCAAAUAAGCUUAGAGAAGCUUUAGAAGAACUCGGGAUUCCAUGUUUCCUGGGAGGCAUGGCCCGUGGCAUGCUGGGAAAGAACAGCCCAAUGCACAUUCGUCAAAACCGGCGUGAGGCUCUCAAGGAGGCAGAUCUGGUUAUUCUGGCAGGCACAGUCUGUGAUUUUCGCCUGUCAUAUGGGCGCGUCUUGAGUAAGCACAGCAAAAUCAUAGCUAUUAACAGGAAUCGGGAGCAAUUGUUUAAAAAUGCAGAUUUUCACUGGACACCAAAUAUAGCCAUAAAAGGGGAUGCUGCAUUGUUCUUUGUGUGCUUAAACCAAAAGCUGAAAGGCUAUUCAUGUCCUCAGGAUUGGGUAAUGAGCCUGAAGAAGGCUGAUCAGAGGAAGGAAAAAACAAACAGAGAGAAGGCAGAAGAACCGACAGAACAGCAUCUUAACCCACUGAAGCUCUUGCAUCAUGUAGAUUACUUGCUUCCCGAAGACAGUCUACUAGUUGCAGAUGGAGGUGAUUUUGUAGCAAGUGCUGCCUAUAUUAUAAAGCCAAGGGGACCACUAUCUUGGCUGGAUCCAGGAGCUUUUGGAACUUUGGGAGUUGGGGGUGGAUUUGCCUUAGGAGCCAAACUCUGCAGGCCAGAAUCAGAGGUGUGGAUCAUAUAUGGAGAUGGCUCUCUUGGAUUCAGCAUCAUGGAAUUUGAUACUUUUGUGCGACACAGGAUACCCGUUAUUGCCCUUGUGGGGAAUGAUGCCUGCUGGACUCAAAUUUCCAGGGAGCAAAUACCCUUGUUGGGUAGCAAUGUAGCUUGCGCUCUGGAUUACUUAGAUUACCAUGUGGUGGUAGAAGGUUUAGGAGGGAAAGGUUUGUUGCUCACACGCAAGAAUGAGGACCAAAUGGAUGACAUCAUCCGGACAGCACAAUCCAAAUGCAGGAGUGGACAGCCCAUCCUUCUCAAUGCAUUGAUUGGGAAAACAACCUUCCGUGAAGGCUCCAUUGCUAUGUAGGCUGUGGCUAUGGCUGCAGUACCUGAGAGUUAUAUAAAGAGUAGAAUCUCUGCUUUGCAUGAAGGCUCUGGCUCUGUUGAACUGUCAUUAAGUUAGGGGUUGGGUCACCCUGAGAGCCAGAAUAGCUAGCUAUUGUUAACAGUUAGUAAGCUUUGAGGCCUUCUGUUAUGUCUUUCUGUUGUCUCACUUUGCUUCUGUUUUUGUUGGUGAAAGUCGCUUUAAUUUGGUGGCUCUUUCCUUUUUUUUUUUAACAUGGUACAUUUAGCUUGGUAAACCCUCAUUGACUGAUCCUGACUUGCAAAUCAAAAAAAAUGUCUAUGUCUAAUGGAAAAAGCCUGGGUGGGUAAGGAGGGAAUUUAAUUCUUUUAUUUUACAUUGUGGCAAAAAUCUAUUUCUCAGAAUAUGGAAAACUAGAGAGUAUAUUAAUAACAAUAGAAUGAUAGUGAAUACUCACUAUCUGAUAGUGAGUAUCAUUGAAUACUCAAAAUAUCUUGUGAUAAAAAAUAAUACAAAUGUGUGACCAUAUAUUCAAACUAUAUUAGAACUAAAGUUGUCGUUUUAAAUAUGUCGAAUUACUUUUUGAAGUUUAGAAAAUUAAAUGUAAUUGUCAAAACAACUUAAAUGAACAAAAUUAAUUAAUCAGUUUUAUUUUCUCCUUUGGAUUAUUUAUUAAACCUGGAAGAGUAAAUAAUGAUCUUUGAAUGUUUUUUAAAAAUGUGUAAUGAUUAUAGUUUGAUUAAAUUUGAGAGUGAUUUUGUUAAGACAUUUCUAGUUAUAUGUGUUUUGCAUAUUUUGAAGUUUUGUAGCUCUUAAUUUCCAAAAUAUUUGGACAAAUUGCUCAAUUGAUAUAAUUUAAUAUAUAAUGUGAUACAUAUUUGUAGUUUAUCCAGAUUCGAUUAAUGAUUUAUAUAUUUUUAUAGUGUGCUUUAAGGAAUUUAUUCAAUACAAAUUGGACAUCAAAUAAAAUCCACUUAAUCUUUA